AUGCCAUGGGUGUAUAACUGGAUUCGGGAAGCGAUUCGCUCUCCCAGUCCAAAGAGCAGCAUCACAUACGAGUACGCGGGUUACCAUUCCGAAGGCGGCCCAGGCGAGUAUGAAAUGGUACUAGUGCUUUCCCACAAGAAGAUUGGCAGGCAUAGUAUGGCACCUGGAGCGCGGGAAUUGUUGACGACUACGUCCCUCCUCAAUACCUCCAGUCCAAUACUUACGGUGCGGGUAUGA